GCAGGCUCACACCCAGCCCGCCCCAGCUCUGCUGCAGAACCUCACCUGGACAUGGCCUCCUCCUGAGGCUCCUGCAGCACCUGCUCCUCAGCUCCACAGGAGGUGACAUGGACUGCACCAUCAAGGAGGCCCUUUCGGUGGUCAGUGAGGACCACACUCUUUUCUCUCCUCUUCUGAUGAAGACAGAGAUGCCCGAUGAAUAUUCACCCAUUAAGGAACGUGGAAAUUAUCCUGAGGCCACAUGGAUGUCCACCAGUGAUCGUCAGCAGAACAUUAAACAGGAGACAGAAGAGCAAUCCAGGAACCGACUCCCCUCAGGUGGAGUAUCGGUAUUACAAGUGAACAAAACCGAAGAGGACAAUGAGAGCCCCCAUACAAACUACCAGACCACCUACCCCGACACCACGAGUAAUGGCACCGAGUCACCAAGUCAUAUGAACGGCAACGAGGAAAAGAGGGUGAUUGUACCUGCAGACCCAUUGGCUUGGACACAAGACCAUGUAGCUCAGUGGUUGGACUGGGCAGUGAAGGAAUAUGCCCUCUGUGACGUGAACACCUCAUUGAUGCAGGGUGUAGAUGGGAAAGAGCUAUGCAGGAUGACGCGGGAGGACUUCCUACGAAUGGCAUCCUCUUACAGUACCGACAUGCUGAUCUCACACUUGUCAUAUCUCCGCCAAAACAGCCCAACGUUCACAUAUUCUGUGGUCCCUGCUGCUCCAGCUUAUCCAGUGGCCCCGAGGCACACAGUGAAGUCAGAGCCGGCAUAUGACGAGGUGCGGAGAAGCUUGCAGUCCAUCAGCAAUACAAUCCACAGAGGUUCCCCGCCCCAGACUCCAGCCAUCACCAUACGCAAUACACCAGAUCCGUACCAGGUGUUGGGUCCGACGAGCAGCCGUCUGUCUAAUCCAGGUGAGAUGUCACAGCAAACUUCAUUAUAUAGGCCAGGGAGCGGCCAGAUCCAGCUGUGGCAAUUCCUCCUGGAACUCCUAUCGGACAGCGGGAACGCCGGCUGCAUCGCCUGGGAAGGAGUGAAUGGGGAAUUCAAGAUGACGGACCCGGACGAGGUGGCCCGGCGCUGGGGGGAACGCAAGAGCAAACCCAACAUGAACUAUGAUAAGCUGAGCCGGGCGCUGCGCUACUACUACGACAAGAACAUCAUGAGCAAGGUGCACGGGAAGCGCUACGCCUACAGGUUCGACUUCCAAGGAAUCCAGGUGGUCCAGCAAUCCCACAACAACGACCCCUCAGGCUGCAAAUACCAGGACGGGAACUAUUAUACCCAGCAAGCCAAGUCAGCUGUGCCACUACCCCCCCACCACAACCAGUCCCCCUCCCUGCCUGCCACCAUCAUCCCUGUGCAGUACUUCAGCACGUCCCCCGGUGGUGGACUGUACCCAGGGCAGACAAGACAACAUGGCGGCCAUCUGGGGUCACAUCUUGGGACUUACUACUGAGUCAUAGGAGGACAUUCAUUACAAUGGAGGUUGAACUGCAGAGGGUGAACUCUGAAAAUGGCACAAAUCCCAAAAAUUCUUAGCCAAUGCAAAAACUCCGGUCUAUUAAACUCGGUUUACCAAUGGGUGACAACCAUUAUGGCCGCCAGUACUUUACCAGAUUCCAGAAUGGCAAAUCUGGCCAGAUUCGCCUGGAAAAGCUGGGUGCAAACCAAUAUGGCUGCUCUCAUAGGGAGCGUGACCCAGCUUUUUCAGGUGUCUGAACAUCAAAUCUGGCCAGAUUUGCCAUUCUGGAAUCUGGUAAAGUACCGGCGGCCAUAUUGGUUGUCAUAGAUAUAGAGAGGAAACGGAGGAGGAGCGGAAAUUGUGACAACCUCACUGAAGACGUCUCCGGGACUGAGGUUUAGGCCUAGU